AUGGCGGAUUAUUUGCUCUCAUCCAUUACUACCUUUCACGCUACAAAAAUCAUUGUCACAGAUCCAACCAAUUACUCUUUUAUUGGAUCCAUUCCUGAAGCAAUGCUCAGUCGUAUCUCUGCAUCGAGUAACGUUCUACAACAAUACAGGAAGCGUCCAUCAUCUGGUCCAAGGGAGCUUACACCAGCCAUGGUUUGCUCUAUUGAAGAGGCUUACAAGCCAGCCAAAAGGAGUAAGAAGCCUGAUACACAGAAGGAAGGACCUGUCAUUAAACCAACUAAGGGGCAAACCCCCAAGAAGCGAAAGUCUGAUAAGGCUGCAACUUCUCAGCAUAAGAACGCUCCUCCUUCAGAAUCUGAGAGCGAAAGCUCUGAUGAAGAGGCUUCGCGCCGAGGUGAUACUCCGCCUCGCUCCCAUACCCCGGAAAUUCCAGUUCGCUCUACUCCUCCUUCACCUCCACCUGUAACCAUCCCAGUAUCCAUCCCUCCUAUAUCUCCCAUUCCAACCACUCAACCAUUCACUACAAUUCCUAUCCCCACUCCCAUUAUCACAGAUACCACUACUACCACUAAUACUACAGAACCUCACUUUACUAUUCCCAAUCCACCAGUAACCGAACCAUUUGUCACAACCGAACCUCCACCUACUUCCAAACCUUUAUCACCCACUCAAUCCACUGAAACAACCCCUAUUCUAGGAGGUGAGGACUUGGAAUUUGAUUCCACGUAUUUCAGUCCUUACCAAGUGCAGAACGAUGAUGAUGACGAUGAGCCUGUCACAAAGCGUCAUCUCAAGGUGGUAAAUGAAAAACUUGAUCAACUGCUUUCAUCCUCUUCCUCCGGUGCUUAUUCUCAAGCUGCAUUGAAGGCAUUGUUCUCCUCUGUUGUUACAGAACAUAUUGCCACAUUAUCUGCUACAGCCAAAGCAAUUGAAGCCUCUACUUCACAGUGUCAACAAGCCACUCUUGCUGCUGCUGCUGCAAAGAACGCUCAAGCUGUCAACGCCUCAGUGGAGAACCUUCAACGGUCUCUUCAAUCUGAACGAUCAAACCUUGAAGCUGCUCGACAGGCCAUUGAAGCUGCCAACAAAACUCUACACGCUAACGUCUAUGAUCGAUUGACUCAGCUAGAGGCGGAGUUAGCUGUAGAGAAUCGUAUUAUGGAUGAGCUGGACAGGCGCACCUCACAACUCAAAUUGCAAACCCACAAGUUGCGUACUAUUAAUGUUGAGGUUAAUGACCUAAAGUCAUAA